AUGAAGCGCCGGAAGUAUGUGGAGGGAAUCUUGCAGCAGAUUCGCGGGUUCUGCAAUCCCCGCGUGGAGCUGGAGCAGUACGUGACUCCGUCGGAAAUCGCAGCAUCCAUGCUGGCCACGAUUGACGAGCAGUUCGACGAUAUCGCAGGGCGACGAGUGGCGGAUCUGGGCACUGGAACCGGCGUCCUCGCCAUGGGCUGCACCGCCCUGGACGCCGACUACGUCAUCGGGGUGGACGUGGACGCGGACGCCCUACGCGUCGCCCGAGAAAACGUUCAAGACUUCGACUUCGGCGUAGAUUUCCUGCUGGCGGACGUGACGAAGCUCUCUGCUAUUAUGAAGCAGAGAUUCGACACUGUCGUCAUGAAUCCUCCGUUCGGCACGAAGAAUAACAUCGGUGCCGAUGUGAGGUUCCUGGAGGCGGCGUUGAGUGUCGGAGAGGUGGUUUAUUCGUUGCACAAGACGUCGACGAGGAACUUUGUUCGCAAGGUGUGCGAGCAGCGAGGCGCGAGCGUGGAAUUCCUGGCUGAGCUGCGUUACGAUUUGCCCAAGACUUAUAAGUUCCAUCGGCGAAACAGUGUGGAUAUUCAAGUGGAUUUCAUUCGGGUCGAGAACCGAAGUUUCCCGCCAGUCAAUUGA